AAUACCUAUUCAACACGUUAACAGCCAAUUUAGAGUGGUAUUUCGUAAUCACGAGCGGAACUGAAAUGUAUGUCAUACGAUUAUUCUUAAUUGAAACCAACAACCUACUAAAACCAGAAAUCCCUUGCAAUGAUUGUUGAUCUACCUGAGGGACCUAUUACGCAAUUAGGAAAAGUGAUGUGGGCUGUUGGUUUCUUUUUCUCUUGCGGGCGCGUAACCCUGAUUGGAAUGUCUACAACGGCGCGUAGGAUGAAAAUCAAGGAUCGAGUAGUGACUAACAUAAAUAGUGUCCUUCCUGUUGGGCUAAUCAUCUGGGUCUUCACAAUUUCGACUAAGCCACGAUUUAUGCUACGAAAUUACGUGGAAUAUCCAGACACAACUAUACUUAUUUUGUAUUCUGGCCCUUCUAGUCCUUCCUAGUGUGAUCGUUUUGUUAAUUUUCCAUUUCCAAGAACAGAUAUCCUUUAUUCCAGUUCUUCUUAGACUUUCUUAAUCCAACCUGUCUAUCUGGAAUGAGGGCUUGCUUUUGUUUCGCUUUAGCGCUGAAGGGAGCAACGAAGCUCCCUAAAGUCCCUUAGCUUACUCGUUGUAGGCAAUUCCAUUCAUUUUAUCUACCUAUACAGAACAACUACCUAGGUAGCUUUAUACCAUGUUAUCCCGACCGAUAUCUCGAAAUUUUACGAUAAUCUGGGUUUUCAUUUUGGCCUUAUUAUAUCUUUUAUUUUGCAGGUCAAGUUCCAUAAGUGGAAAUUAUUUUCAGGGGAAUUUUCAACCAUCAUGCGAUUCUCUUUCAGGGCUCGAGGAUCUUUUUGUGAUCCUUAGAACUGGGGCCACCGAAGCCCCUAAAAAACUCCCUGUUCAUUUUGCGACCACUUUGCGCUGCGUUCCCCACUAUGUCAUCUAUUCGGAUUAUGAAGAAGACAUUGAAGGUCACCACGUUUAUAAUUCCUUAGAUGAAGUUAAUCCCGAUAUAAUAGCUUCUCAUCCCGAUUUCGAAUAUUACCGCCGCCUGCAAGCGGGAGGUCGAGAAGCUUUUACAGCCGAGGAGAUUGCGCAAUGGGCAGCUGUUAAGAACACUAAUAGUGGACGAGAUAGCCCUGGUUGGAAAUUGGACAAAUGGAAGUUUCUUCCAGUAGCGGAGAAAGCUUUUGCACAGCGACCAGAUGCGAAAUGGUACAUCUUCAUUGAGUCGGACACUUAUAUGCUCUGGCAGACACUAUUAGAAUGGCUCUCGAAAUUCGAUUCUUCUAAGCCGCACUAUUUGGGCAUGCAGAUGCAGAUUGGCGACGUCGUCUUCGCUUAUGGUGGAGGAGGAUUCGCCAUCUCUAAUCCUGCAAUGCAGAAGGUAGUAGCACAACGACAAGCGAACCUGAAACUUUACGACGAUUUUACUGCUGUGCAUUGGGCAGGCGACUGUGUUUUGGGAAAAGCAUUGGCGGAUGCUGGCAUGGGGUUACUUUGGUCCUUCCCGACUCUGGCUGGCGACCAGCCUGGUGAUAUCGAUUUCAAUUCUACGUUUGGUGGACAGGAUAAGAAGCCAUGGUGCUACUACGCUACGAGUUAUCAUCAUAUGCAACCUGCGGAAUACACGAGAUUCAUGAAAUUUGAAGAAGCUUGGAACCAGAAGAACACCUUUCGGCUACGCCACCGAGAUGUAUUCCGGCACUACAUUUUACCACAGCUCUCACCGGAGCGCGUUGACUGGGACAACUUGUCAGAAAAUGAUCAAGGUCCUAUUGCUUCUUUCGAAGAAUGCCGCAAAGCAUGCGAGAAUCAGCGGGAUUGUGUGCAGUUCUCCUUAUCGGGAAACUCUUGCAAGACUUCCGCGACCCCUAAACUGGGGAAUCAUGUUUCCGAAAAUUCAGAGGAGAGUGUAAGAUGUGGAUGGAUUCUUGAGCGAGUAGAAGACUACGCCCAAAGCAUGGAUGAAUAUUGUAGCCACCAAACCUGGAUAUUACCCUGAAAAUAGGAACUUAGGGCUAAGCCCCACCAUCUUACCCAGUCGCCGCUUCGACCAAUAUGCCAUCAUGUCGAGGUAUAGACUAUUUAGGAAUCUAGGCAGGUCAGUCGGACAUAUAAUCUCGUCGUCUCUGGGCGAUAACGGGGUAUCGAUCAGAGUCACAUCCAGUCAUCGCAUCAUCAUAUGGGAAAUCCUGCCUAGAGUGUGUGUUAGAUAUUCACGGCCAACAGCAUUUAGACGGUGGCAUUUUAUGAUAGAGGGGUGACUAGAUAGUUUCUAGUUGUGUUGAAUUUUAAAAUUUAUAAUCCUAAAAUAACACCCUUCAACGUCUCAACCUUCAUCCCCUAUUUUCUACAUUACAUAAUCUCCU